AUGUCGUCCACUGAAGAAAGUUCUCAACUUAAGGCUGGCCAUCCCCCGGCAGUGAAAGCUGGAGGCAUGAGAAUUACCCAGCACAAGAGCCCUCAUAGCAAAGACAGCAGCAAGGAGCCGGCCAACGAGGACCUGACCGGUCUGUCUGGACCUUCACCUGUGCCUUCGAACCCAGUCUCCAUCUCUGGAGCACCGAAUAGAGGUAAUGCGGACUUCACUCCGGAGGCCGCACAAGUGGCUCACAGUCCUAAACCACCAGUACAUGUCAAUUUUAAACCACAAACAAAUAUUCAGCAACCCCGAAAAUAG